AUGGUGCGACAGACUAGAGCGGCAGCGAAAAGCGAUCCUGAUCCAGCUAGCGAUGUAGUAGUAGCUGAUGUUCCUUGCAAAGGACCGCCGCCGUCUGACGCAACCUACCAGAGGAAAUUUGUCAUUGCCAGAGAGGGUUCACUUCCGAACAGUCGUCUCUAUCAUGUGCGUCAUCCAAAAAACGGGACUCCUUGCCUGUAUCGGAUAAAUGAGAAACACUGCGAUGAGACGGUAUUCAAAGAGCUAGACGAAAUUGUUUCCGAUCCAGAAUGCCCCUCCAUAGCUGUUCUUCUGAAAAAUGAAGCAGUAUAUCGCAUUGAUGAGGGCAAAGCUCUUGAAUGGAUUGCUGGUCGAUUUCGGCGGCUUCGAGACGCACUCGUAGGAGAGGGCAGUCUACACAAGUCAAUCACUUCGAACAACGAAGUGCUGGAUCGAUACUCUUUUGGAUUAUUGUCCGACUAUAUGAACCCUGAAAUGACUGCAUUAACAAAAGGAUAUCUUGCUAUACGGGAUCCUGAAAAUAUUGAGAAUGAGCGUGUGGACAUGUCAAUGAAAAGGAAGGCUGAAGAAUCGUAUGAAGAUAUUGCUCCAAAGCCGGCUAAGAAGCCGAAGGAGUCCGUAGUAAUGAAGAAACUGCAGCUAGCUAGUAAAGGCACAAAGUCGAUCAAUAGCUUCUUUACUAAGAAAGUUUAA